AUGCCAAUUGUACUGUUCUCACAUCAGGUGGCCGACGUGCGUGGCCAUCUACGCGAUAUUCACCGAAGCAGGAAAUCCACUGUUCUUGUCGAAUCGUUCUUGGAGAAGGCCUAUGACGCGCUCCGACAAGACGCAUGCACCCUUCCUCGCGAGGCUCGAAGCCAAAUUCCGGUGUUCAAUAGCGUGUUUGAUUUGAGCGAACGGCAUCAUAAUGCAAAAGUCCAGAGACGUGAGAUCUCUAGUGCGCUUCUAUGCAUAAGUCAAUUGGCACACUUCUUUGGAUAUUUCGAGCAACAUCCGGAUCAGUAUCCUGUCCCAGGGGAUGACGAUCUCAUAGUCGGCAUUGGCCUGGGCCAAUUGUCGGCAGCAGCAGUCUCGUGCUCGAAGACAAUCGUGGAUUUAGUCGGUCCGGCAGUGGAGGCAGUCCGUUUGGCGUUCCAGACAGGAGCUGCAGUAGGGAGAUUUUCAUCCAAUUCUCAACAAACAGACUUUGCUGAAGGACACUGGAGCAUGGUUGUCGAUGGCGCUGCCGAGGAAAUCGAGGAAGAACUACAAGUCUUACAGGACCAAAUGGUAAAAGUAUUCGGGCUAACAAUCCUACUUCUCAAUGGCUACUACGAUCUCCUGGGCUGGCACAUUGAUGCAACAACACCAUGCCAUAAGUCUAGUACAAUAGCUGACCAGCUACAGAACAUACCAAAAUCAGCUAGAGCGUAUAUCAGUAUGGUCGACAAGAAUAGUUGCAAUAUCAGCGGUCCGCCAUCACGGCUUCGACAACUCCAGCAACACUCAAAGUUACUUGAGAAGGCUUCUUCUCAAGAGCUUUCGGUUGCUGGCUUCUGGCAUGCGCCUCACGUGUACGGGAAAGACCAAGUGUCCGAGAUAUUGGAACCCCGCUUGAGUGCUCUCGCUGAGGUUGCGCCGCCUUGUCGAGCGGUUUUGUCACCUUCAACUGGUGAACUGAUUCAGGAUUCGAGCAGCGGGCUUCAGUUUACUCGAGCAGUCGACGACAUCCUCAGACGGCCAGUACGGUGGAAUACUCUCCAGCAGACUAUAGCCAAACACAUCAGUAGUAAAUCGGCUGCUGUUGAUUCAGUAGUAAGCUACGAAAUCAAGCCUGACGUCAACUCGAUUUGCUCUACACUACAGGCAGAGACCAAGAAGACCGUAGAAGGACGGGAUUUAUCCAGUUGGUGCUCUCCCGAGGCCAAUCCCAAGCCACAAGGACGCGCGAUCAAUUCCAAUAUUGCCAUCGUAGGCAUGUCUGGCCGGUUUCCCGGAGCGACAGACCACGAAAUGUUGUGGAAGCUACUUGAGCAGGGCCGGGAUAUGCACAAAAGAGUUCCCAAAGACCGAUUUGAUGCUGAAACGCACGUUGACCCUACCGGCAAGAAGGUCAAUACUAGUCACACCCCUUACGGCUGUUUCAUCGAGGAGCCUGGCCUCUUUGACCCACGCUUUUUCAACAUGUCUCCCCGUGAGGCCACCGAAACCGACCCGAUGCAUCGCUUAGCCCUUGUGACAGCCUACGAAGCUCUGGAGCAAAGUGGGUUUGUUCUCAAUUCAACGCCUUCUACCCAGCAAGAUCGCGUUGGAACGUUUUACGGGCAGACCAGUGACGACUGGCGCGAGGUGAAUGCGGCACAAAAGAUUGCGACGUAUUUCAUCCCCGGUGGCGUCCGCGCAUUUGCUCCUGGCCGUAUCAGCUACUACUUUGGCUUCCGGGGACCUAGCUACAGUGUCGAUACUGCUUGUUCCUCCAGUCUCGCUGCGAUCCAAAUUGCCUGCACUUCUCUCAGAACAGCAGAGUGCGAUACUGCGAUUGCCGGCGGCGUCAACAUCUUGACGGCACCAGAUAUUUUCGCCGGGUUGAGCAGGGGACAAUUUCUUUCCCCAACUGGUUCUUGCAAGACUUGGGACAGCAAGGCGGAUGGCUACUGCCGUGCCGAUGGCGUGGGCUCCGUCAUUCUCAAAAGAGAAGAAGACGCAAUCAACGAUAAAGAUAACAUCUUGGGGGUUAUUCUCGCCACUGCUACCAAUCAUUCUGCAGAUGCUAUUUCUAUCACCCACCCACACGCUGGGAAUCAGUCCUACCUUUACGAAAGCGUGCUUCAUACAGCAGGCAUCGACCCUCUUGAUGUCAGCUACGUCGAGAUGCAUGGCACCGGUACUCAAGCGGGUGACAAUACCGAGAUUAAAUCCGUGACCGACGUCUUUGCGCCGGACAACGGCAGUCGCGGUCGAGAUCGAGACCAAGCACUGCAUAUUGGCGCUGUCAAAUCCAACGUCGGCCACGGCGAAGCAGCUGCAGGGAUCACCGCACUCAUCAAAGUCCUCAUGAUGUUGCAGAAAAACGCCAUUCCUCCUCAUGUCGGUAUCAAAAACACUUUGAACCCAGCAUUUCCAAACCUUGAGUCGCGUAACGUUCGGAUACCGUUCCAGAAAACCCCAUGGCGGCGCAUCGGCGAGAAACCGAGAAUUGCCUUCUUGAAUAACUUCAGUGCGGCCGGAGGAAACACUGCGAUGGUCCUUUCGGACCCUCCACAGCGAGUCUUGUCUUCGCAAGUGGAUCCUCGGUCAAUGCUCCCUUUCGUGGUUUCAUCGAAAUCUAUAUCGUCACUGCAAAGUAACAUCCAGCAGUUGAUCUCAUACACGCAAGGGGCCUCCGAAGAAUCUCUAGCUAGUCUGUCCUAUACUCUCACCUCUCGUCGGAUACAUCACAAUUACCGUGUCGGUGUUGCUGCUUCGGAUCUCGAAACCCUCAGAAAUUCCCUCAAUAAAGAAGCCACGAAGGGUAACUUCACUCCUAUCUCAUCAAAGGCUCCACCCGUCGCAUUUGUGUUCACUGGACAGGGAGCUUUCUACGCCAGUCUCGGAAGAGACCUAUUUGAACUGUCGACUGUGUUCCGCUCUGAGAUCAUGCACCUGAACGAGCUGGCGAUGACACAAGAAUUUCCCUCUUUUCUGCCCGCAAUCGAGGGCAGUGUCGACCAAGAACAUCAGCUAUCAAACCUAGUCAUCCAGCUUGCUUUAGUCAGUGUUCAAAUUGCGCUUGUCAGGCUUUGGCAAUCAUGGGGGAUCAAGCCGUCCGUUGUUCUCGGUCAUAGUCUUGGCGAGUAUUCCGCCCUGUACGCCGCUGGGGUGUUAUCGAAACACGAUGUAAUACACCUCGUUGGACACCGAGCCAAGCUUCUACAAGAAAAAUGCACCGCUGGCACUCAUUGCAUGCUAGCAGUCAAGGCUUCAGUGGCCAAGAUCAGGACCGCCACCAACGGUCUACCCUUUGAGAUUGCCUGCCUCAAUGCUCCAAAUGAUACCGUCCUCUGCGCGAGUGUCGACGAGAUCAACAGCAUCUCUCAGGUACUGAACCGCGCAGGCCACAAAUGUCUCGUGAUGGAUCUCCCAUACGCUUUCCACUCUGCACAAAUCGAGCCGGUCUUAGAGGAUUUUGAAUCCGUUGCCGGUGGCGCGACGUUCAGCAAGCCAAGGAUUCCAGUCAUCUCUACACUGCUAGGAGAGGUCGUCGAGACGGAAGGAGUCUUCAACCCUGCUUAUCUCUGUCGCCAGGCCAGAGAACCCGUUGACUUCGCAGAAGCUGUUCGAUCGGCUACUGACAGCGGGACUCUCAACCCGAAGACCGUUUUCGUCGAGAUAGGGCCCCAUCCUAUCUGUUCCAACAUGGUCAAAGCUUCCUUGGACAACAACCCCUUGACGGUAGCUUCCCUACACAAGGCGGAGAGCCCAUGGAUGACGCUUUCCAAAAGUCUCUGCUCCCUUCAUUGUACAGGCCUUGAGAUUGAUUGGCGCGAAUUCCAUGGAGACUUCGAAGCCUGCCACGAACUUCUAAACCUUCCGGUUUACAAGUUUGACAAUAAGAACUAUUGGAUCGACUACGUUAACGACUGGUGCUUGCACAAAACCGAGUCUCGCGAUGCCACCCCCACGAUUCCGGAACCGUUGAAGGAGAUCUCGAAACUAUCCACAUCUUCUGUUCAUCGAGUAGUAUCUCAGGAGUUUGAUGGGGAUGUAGGAAAAGUCGUAAUCCAGUCCGAACUUUCUGAACCAGCCUUACGAGCUGCUAUAUUGGGUCAUCUCGUGAAUGGAGCAGGGCUUUGCCCAUCGACCAUCUAUGCUGAUAUUGCAUUCACUCUUGGCGAUUACAUUUACAAAGGAUUGAGGCCCGACGCAACGGACUUCAAUAUGAACUGCGGCAAUGUGGAAGUCAUCAAGCCGUUGAUUGUUAAGGAUGGGCCCAUCAAGUCGCAAAUCCUGCAGGUCACAAUAACUGCGAACCUCAGCAAAAAUCUGGCGAAUCUUCGCUACGCCACCGUCAACGCACAAGGCGUAGAGACUGUCACCCAUGCGACCAGCAGAAUCACUUACGAAGAUGGAGCAGAGUGGGUGGCUGGAUGGGAUUCCAAACGCUACCUGAUCGAAGGUCGCAUUGAGACCCUAAGGGAUCGACUGGCCAGCAACAAAGCCGAUCAGAUCUCUCGAGGCCUUGCCUACAAACUGUUCUCUGCCCUCGUACAGUAUGAUGAGAAGUACCAAGGAAUGGAGGAGGUUAUCCUUGACAGUAAAAACUUCGAAGCUACCUCACGGGUCAGAUUCCAGACUCAAGAAAAAGACGGCACUUUCUUCCUGAGUCCCUUCUGGAUCGACAGCCUUUGCCAUCUCUCCGGGUUCAUACUGAACGGAAGCGAUGCCGUCGACUCGAAGAAUUUCGUCUAUAUUUCCCAUGGGUGGAAGUCUUUCCGGAUCGCUCGUCCUCUGAGCCGAACGAAAACCUACAAUUCCUACGUCAAGAUGCAAGCUUCGCCGAACAAUGUCAUGUCCGGGGACGUUUAUAUCUUCGAAGGGAAUACCAUCAUCGGGGUGGUCGGGGGGCUUAAAUUCCAGCGAAUUCCGCGCCCAAUACUCAACACCUUCCUACCUCCCGCAUCAUCGGCAUCCUCCCAGCCUAAGAAAUCGAACCAGCCUCUUGAGCAUAGUGCCACGCCAACCAAGGCCGUGAAGGAUGUCCCGACCAGGUCGCCCAAGGUUGCCUCGCAGGAGAAGCCCAAACAAGCGAAGCCGAUCUCGACUUUGGCACCAUCACCCGCUCCGACCGCCUCUCCAUCAAGUGGAACGAUAGUGUCGCAGGUCCUGGGUAUCAUUUCCGAGGAGUCAGAAUUGCCAAUGUCGGAGCUACUCGAUGAGUGUGUCUUUGGCGACCUUGGGAUCGACUCCUUACUGUCCCUCCAAAUCUGCGGCAAGAUCCGGGAAACGCUCGACAUCGACAUUCAGAGUUCGGUGUUCGUCGAGUGCGAAACCGUAGGGGAGCUCCGAACCUACCUGCAAAGAUUUGAAGAAGAAGGUGAAGGCUCGAUCGCGACUCCGUCCACUUGUUUGUCGGAUGAUGAUGAGGAGGAGGAGGAGGAUCACGAUUCCGAUGGCUCGGCGUCUACGGCCCCUUCGACAAGGUCAAAGAGCUCCAAGAGCGGCGCACCGCAGAAAUCGAUCAGCACUGAAAGGAGCAGUCGCAAAGAGACCAUGCUGCUUUUCCGCACCACGAUCGCCGAACAGAUGGGCAUCGCCCUGGAAGAAGUUGUAGGUUCCAACGAUCUGCUGUCCCUCGGCAUCGAUUCUCUGAUGAGUAUCUGCAUUCUCGGUAUCAUGCGGGAAGAGACGGAUCUCGAGUUACCGUCCGAUCUGUUCAUCGACCACCCUUCCAUUGACGACAUCGAAGCAUUCCUCGGCUUCAAGGAGCCCGAAGCCCCGGUCGCGGCCAAACCCUCGAAGCGCCAGAAGCACGCGGCGGCCACCGCGACGUCGCCACUCCCGGCCAUCCUCUCCCCCCGGGCCGUCUCGAUCCUCAUGCAAGGCAAACCGAAAACGGCCGAAAAGACGCUCUUCCUCUUCCCCGACGGUUCCGGUUCGGCGACCUCGUACGCCAGCAUCCCCGCCAUCGGUCCGCGCGUCGCCGUCUACGGACUCAACAGCCCCUUCAUGACCAGCCCCGCCGACUUCACCAACGGCAUCGUCGGCAUCGCGUCCAUGUUCCUCGCCGAGGUCCGCCGCCGCCAACCCCACGGGCCUUACCACCUGGGCGGAUGGUCCGCCGGCGGCAUCAUCGCGUACGAAGUCGUACAGCAACUGCUGGCGGACGGCGAGCGCGUCGAGAGCAUGGUGUUUUUCGACUCCCCCUGCCCCAUAAAACUGGAGGCCCUGCCGUCGCGCCUGCACGCCUUCCUGGCGGACGUGGGGCUGCUGGGCGGGGAAGGCAUGGAGCCGCCGGAGUGGCUCCUCCCCCACUUCGAGGCGACCAUCCAGGCCCUCGCGGACUACAAGCCCGUCCCCAUCGGAGACAAGACGCUGGCGCCGAGGACGCUGGCCAUCUGGGCCCGCCGGGGGGUGUGCGGUAACCCUGGCGAUCCGCGACCGGAGACGUGGGACGACGAUCCGAAGAGCAUGAAAUGGCUCCUCGAGAACCGGACGGACUUUGGAACCAACGGAUGGGAUGCGCUGCUGGGCCGGGACGCAAUGGAGAUGGAGAGUGUGGACGGGAAUCACUUUUCUUUGAUGAAGGACGGAAAACAUUUACGCCAGCUUGCGAGCUUUUUGAGGGACUUCCUUUGA